GGCGGUGGCGAUGGCGAGGUUCAGACUUCAGAGUGAAUAGCAAUAGCAAUAACAAUAUCCGGUGUGAAUGCCACCUAUCGUACGUCCUUCCUUCCAGCCCUCGUUCACGCAUCCUGCGUUCUCCUGUAUUUUUCAUGGAUGACUCACCCCAGCUGCGACUCUUCUUUCUUCUACCACAAAUAGCAACCACUCCAUCCUUAGAAAUAAAAGUAGCUACCAGGAAAGAAGAAGCAGACAAAAGCUGACUGCGUUGCUUCCCCUCCCAACUUACUACAUUACGUACGCAUCUUCCUGUUAACCACAAACAAAUACCCUUCGAUCUCUCGUCGCAGCUGGAUGGAGGGAGGGAGUUAGGGAGGGAGAAGAUGGCACCACCACCGCUUCUACAAUUCCUGUUGUUGCUGUUGCUUUGCUGCGACCUUCAGCUCUGUGCCGCAGCCAAUGUGUCGUACGAUCACAGGGCUCUGGUCGUGGAUGGCAGUCGGAGAGUGCUCAUCUCCGGUUCCAUUCACUACCCUCGCAGCACUCCUGAGAUGUGGCCUGACCUCAUCGACAAGUCCAAGGACGGCGGGCUCGACGUCAUUGAGACCUACGUCUUCUGGAAUCUCCAUGAACCCGUCCAGGGCCAAUAUGAUUUCGAGGGGAGGAAGGAUUUGGUGAGGUUUGUGAAGACAGUAGCGUCGGCCGGCCUCUACGUUCACCUUCGGAUAGGCCCUUACGUCUGCGCUGAAUGGAAUUAUGGGGGAUUUCCAGUUUGGUUGCAUUUCAUCCCUGGAAUUAAGUUUAGGACCGACAAUGAGCCCUUCAAGAGAGAGAUGCAGCGGUUCACAGCGAAGAUCGUCGAUAUGAUGAAGCAGGAAAAAUUGUAUGCAUCACAAGGCGGACCCAUCAUUUUAUCCCAGAUUGAAAAUGAAUACGGAAACGUCGACGAACAUUAUGGUCCUGCAGCUAAAACAUAUAUCAAUUGGUCAGCAUCAAUGGCUACCUCUCUAGACACUGGUGUACCAUGGGUGAUGUGCCAACAAUCUGAUGCCCCUGAUCCAAUUAUCAACACUUGCAAUGGAUUUUACUGUGAUCAGUUUACUCCAAACUCAAAUCAGAAACCAAAAAUUUGGACAGAGAAUUGGAGUGGAUGGUUUCUUGACUUCGGUGGUAGAGUGCCAUAUAGACCUGUUGAAGAUCUUGCAUUUUCUGUAGCUAGAUUCUUCCAACGUGGUGGUACCUUCCAAAACUACUACAUGUACCACGGAGGAACCAAUUUUGGCCGUUCUUCAGGGGGACCAUUUAUUUCUACAAGCUAUGAUUAUGAUGCUCCUAUUGAUGAGUAUGGAAUUGUUAGGCAACCUAAGUGGGGUCACCUUAGAGAUUUACAUAAAGCGAUUAAGCUUUGUGAAAAAGCAUUGAUUGCAACUGAUCCAACAUACACUUCUCUUGGUCCAAACUUAGAGGCUCAUGUUUAUAAGACAUCCUCUGGGACCUGUGCAGCAUUUCUUGCUAAUGUAAAUUCCAACUCUGAUGCGAUUGUUACUUUUUAUGGUAAAACAUACCAUUUAGCAGCAUGGUCUGUGAGUGUUCUUCCUGACUGCGAAAAUGUUGUUUUCAAUACUGCACAGAUAAUUUCUCAAGCUACUCUUUCAGAGACCAAAUAUGUAAAGACUUAUAGUCAGGAAUCAGAUCAACCCAUAUUUACCUCUGAAAUAACUGAGUCAGGAUGGAAAUAUGUCCAAGAACCUGUGGGUAUCUCGAAGACCAGUGCUUUUAAAAGAGAAGGAUUACUUGAGCAGAUAAAUACUACUGGUGAUGUCAGUGAUUACCUCUGGUAUUCGAUAAGUGUCAAUAUAACUGGAAAUGAACCAUUUCUUUUCAAUGAAACUCAAUCUAUACUACAUGUGGAAUCUCUUGGCCAUGUCCUCCAUGCUUUUGUUAAUGGGCAGUCAACAGGUAGUGGGAUAGGCAACAGUGAUAAUGUAAACGUUUUCCUGGAGACAACAGUAUCACUUGUCCCAGGAAAGAACAUUAUUGAUCUUUUGAGUGUGACAGUUGGUCUUCAGAACUAUGGUCCAUUUUUUGACCUAUCGGGUGCUGGAGUAACUGGUCCUGUGCUGUUGAAGGGCCAAAGCGGCAGGAUAGAUCUAUCUUCAAACUUGUGGACAUAUCAGAUUGGACUUCGAGGCGAAGAUUUGGGCUUGUCUGAUUCAUCAAUAUGGAUUUCACAAGAUGUCUUGCCGAAGAAUUCGCCUUUGAUAUGGUACAUGACUGACUUUGAUGCCCCUGCUGGGAAUGAUCCUGUUGCAAUAGAGUUUACCGGUAUGAGAAAGGGUAUGGCAUGGGUAAAUGGAGAAAGCAUUGGGCGGUAUUGGCCAGCAUAUCUUGCCCCACAAACUGGCUGCUCGUUGUGCAACUAUAGAGGCGCUUACAGUUCUGACAAGUGCUUAAAGAACUGUGGAAAGCCGUCUCAAACACUAUAUCAUGUUCCUCGUUCGUUCAUUCAACCCGGCAAAAAUAAACUUAUUCUCUUCGAGGAAAUGGGUGGUGAUCCGACGAAGAUAUCUUUCACUACGAGGCAAACAACAAGCCUUUGUGGAUACAUUUCCGAAUCUCAUCCAGCACCAGUGGAUGCUUGGAAUACUGCAAAGAACCAGGUACCAGUGCUCCAUCUUGAAUGUCCCUAUUCUAGGCAGGUCAUUUCUUCAGUAAAAUUUGCAAGCUUUGGCACUCCAUCCGGCACUUGCGGGAGGUACGAGCAUGGCAAAUGCAGAGGUUCAUCAGCUCUUGCUAUUGUUCAGGAGGCAUGCGUUGGUGCGAAGAGCUGUGAUGUGGAGGUAUCAACUAAGUUAUUUGGCGAUCCAUGUGCAAAUGUUAGCAAGAGCCUUGCAGUCGAAGCUGCGUGCUCUUGAUGGAAUGAGAAGCUAAGGCUGCGCAUUCAAUUAAUCCGAGUGGCGGGAAUAAAAUGUACAGAAGAUGGAAGCAAAAGGACAGCUGAUGAAAACUACAUAAGUUUAGAAAUUGGACGAUAAACUUUCAAUAUAUUAUGUUAUUGAAACUAAUUUGUACUUUGUAGCUUGAAAUUGAGAGAUAUCAAACAACAAUUCCAAUAAACUAUUUUAAUUAUGCAUAUAACAAAAGUAAACUUAAAGCAAAGUUAUGUAAAAUAGUGAUUAUAUUUGUUA